AUGAUGUCCAAUGACAAAUACAAAAGUGUGGAGCAUCGAGUGUUAGCCAACCCCCAUCGUGAGCCACGUGUCUCAGUUCCAGUUUUCUUCACUUCAAGCAAGACAGAGGACUCGUAUGAACCAUUGCCAGAACUGGUGUCCUCGAAAAAGCCAGCUAUUUAUCAGAAAUUCACAAUCUUAGACUUCAUGAGCAAAUACUACUCAGAGGAGUUGCAGGGCAAACAGUGGAAUGGUGGGAUUGCGCAAGCAUCCCCAACUGUCUCCACAGUGGAAUGGUGGGAUUGCGCAAGCAUCCCCAACUGUCUCCCCCUUGACAAUGAGACACUCGGAUUCACAGUAGAGGCUGAGGAGAUAACGGCUUUAGAG